UAACUAAAAGCUAAUAACACUAUGAGGAAGUAAUAUACAGCGAUUUCAAAAGUUUUUUCUUAAAUAACUGAGAUUGAAGUUCAGUCGGCAGCAUUCCUCAAAAUUAUUUGGAGUAUGUUUUAUGCCGCUACAACAACAACAUCAACUAAAAGCAUUGAAUCUUCGCAAACUCAUUAAAUACGAGGAGACACUAGGCAUUAAUGCUCAUCAAGAUAACUACUUUGAGAAGCUCUUUAAGCGUACAACUGCCAGUUUUCGCGCCAAACUUGGUAAGGAGAAUGCGCAUGGUGAACAUGUUAUAGAAGUAAAGUCAAAGCGUGAUCGGGGCGAGCAUUUCUUGCGAUCGCUGAAUCAGAAAGAGUCUCAACAACAAGCGGAGUCAAGAGCGGGAAUGGCAAAGAAAGGUAAUCAGCCACAUUCUACACGCACCUAUACAACUACGCAGCGUGGUCCAACUUUCGAGGGUGUUGGUACCCCGAGUAAACAGAAUGCCAAACAAAAGCCCCAACAACCGCAAAAACAAGUACAGUCCGCAAAAAAGAUCGCGGAACAACGUCCACGGUCGCACACCUCCACUUACGGUACGGAAAAUCUAUCACGUGAACAAGCUUGGCAAAGCAAAAAUCGUGUACCUUUCGGUGAAUGCAAUGAAUUGAGAGGUCCACAAUCCGAGGCGACUGAACGUGCCUCCUCGCGACCAACAGAGCGCAGGGAGGCGAGUCAGAAGCGUGGUCAAAUAGUAACCACUACAAUUGGUGGCAAAGAAGUCAAAUCUAAAACAAAUGGAACAGUGACAAAUCCAAGGGUGGAAUCGCGAGAUAAUGAUCGUGGACGUGCACGUAUUAGAUAUCCAUCUCACGAACGUGGCGCACCAAGACGUAGUCCGAGUGGCGGUAGCUACACCACAGCCAGAUCUUUAGGUGUACUGAUACCACGUCAGUGCACAGCGACACGUCGACGCCGACCACUAAGCAAAGAUCCGGUCGCAUUGUAUCACUACUAUCAAAGUGAAUGGAAUCACUUUCGUGAGCAAAUACCCGGCGAAAGUUCACAUGCGGAGCUGCGUUGGAUGAUACGUGAACGUCUGAUGGACCCUAACUAAAAAAUAUGAGUUUUGAAUUGAAAACAGUACAACCAAUCAGAAUUUCACUGCCAUUUUUUAAGUACAUACAUAUAUAAAAUCAGUAUUCUUCAUUUCUUUUUAUGCAUUUGCAUGUAUAUAUACAUACAUACAUACAUAUAUAAAAAUCACUACUUGACAAUGGAUACAAUGUAAAUUUGAAUUCUUUAACAAAUUUAAUAUUAUAUUAUUUUAUGGAUUUGGAAUUAAAAUAAAGUCAA